AGGCUGUAUAUCAUCCGCUCUACCGUGUCGGUGGUUACUGCCAACGGACUGCACAUUGCGUUGACGCUGCAACCCAGCGUGCAUCAUUGCCUCCACCAUAUUGUCACCGGCCGGUAUACGGUUCGACACAUGUCGUUCGACAAGUUCCAUCCAUCAUUCCAGCCGGAAUCAGACACGGACGUUGUGCUUUGUUCCAGGGACGGGGUAUCGUUCUGCGUCCGCUCCCAGACCUUGAAGUCGACAUCAGGAUGGUUCAACAAGUUGUUGACGGAUCCCAAGGAUAUGCCGAGACCCUCCCCAAACGAGCCCGUCCGCAUCCCGGAAGAAGCUACCGUGGUCGCGGGGCUGCUGAAGACCGCGUUCUCGAUCGAGAUGCCUCCCCUUGAUGCCACCGAGCUGUUGCUAGACAUCCUGCGUGCGGCGGAGUACUACGAGAUGCCCUCUGCGGUCAUGCUUAUCCGCGCCUGCCUCACCUCCGGAGUAUCGAAAGUCUCCCCGAUCCGCGUCUACGCCAUCGCCUGCGAGCGCGGCUGGAAGAGGGAAGCAGAGUGGGCGUUGUCCAAGACGAUACGUCUGGACCUCUGCUCGCCUGAUGUCGCUGCGGAGCUCGUCAAACUCGACGGGUCUGCGAUCAUGAAGCUCUUCGUCCUGCAGCGCAGGCGGAGAGAUGCGCUGCGGGAGAAACUCGAUGAUGCCGACGUCUACGACAAGGGGAAUGAAGUUCCGCAGAUGUGUCCAAAGUGCUGCAAGAACAUCGGACGCAAUCCCUGGCUGACGCUCAAGGCCUGGUGGCUGUCGCGGGCAGAGCAUGUCCCAGUCAGUGUCGACGACAUCGAGAGUCCUGACGUCCAAGUCGCUGCAGAGGCGAGUUGCCAGCAUUGUCACGAGAAGCUGUAUGACGCCACGCACACCAAAACCAAUCUCCGCGCUAUGGUGAACUCCCUACCAAACACACUCAAGGACGAUGAUUGGCACUAAUAGAUCGCUGACUACAGGACGAUGCUGCUGGGCAGAUGUAUUCAAUAUGUUGGGCAACUCGACAGUUCUCUCAUGUGCUAGCUCCUUCGUCGCGAGUGUCAGUUCGAACAGUCUUCAAGUGGCAGCAAUUGACCAUACAGAUGGUCACCUGCACGAUUUUUGAUAGUCUCCACUACUGAACUCCAUCCAUCGAUAGUAGGCUUGGGAAUCAGGCUGGUUCUGGCAGCGUGGAAUCAGUGGCGUUGACCGGUGACCGUCCGCGUCGUACUCUGGUUCUUGCGGGCAAGGUGAUCCACAGUAUAUGUGCUGCAUGUAUUGGCUCUCACGAUCAACCGAUUAACUACACUGUGUGGUUCACUGGCACACCUGGCGGGAC